ACCUACGCGGUUCGGGAACCAGCGGCUAGCGGCGUCCAUGAUGCACCCGUGUGGGACUGUUUAUGCUCGUCGGUGUUCGUCAGCCAUGCCUUGUGAUAUUCCGAUCAUGUUUGCGCCCACAAAUUGAAUGCAGCGUCCUUCGUAGCCUCCCAAGUUUCCCUGGCUCACGAUGGAGAUCAUGCAAGAAGCCGACCAAAGUUUCCGGGAGGACAACAUGUUCUCCCAGGAAGAUUACAACUACAUUUUCAAGGACCUAAACGAGAGCGACAUCUACAACAGCCUUUUGCAGCAGUCUUCCACGCCGGAGUUGAGCCAUGCCUUGGCACCUGACGACAACUUCUGCCUCGAUGAGUUCACCUUCUCCCCCGCCGACAUCAAGAUGGAGCCGUGUUCUCCCGAUUCCUACAGCCAGUCGUCCUGCAACUACCCAGACCCAGACUCCUAUCUCAACAGCAUCAACAUGGGGCAGUGCAGUCCCACCGGCGGCGUUGUGGUCCCGGAGACGCCCCCGGACACACCCCCCACCCAGAGCGGGUCGAGCACCCCGCCUCACCCCCAGGACCCCUUUAGCCCCAGCUUCACCCUCACCAUCACCGCUUCGUCGCCCACGAGGGAAGGAGGAACGGCCCCCUUCGCACCGGCGCCCUCGAUGUCGCCGCUGGGGCCUGUGCACCGCAGCGGCGUCGGCAAUCCCGGCCAUGCCACCGUGGUCGAGACAGUUCCGGCCACGGCGCCCACGCCGCAGACGCUGAUGCUGACAGCAGAAGAGUUUGCACGCCUGACGUCCCAGGGGGUGCUGACCAUUAAGACGAAUGCGGCAGCGACGACGCCCGUGGCACCCAAGACGGUGUCACCCCAGUCACGCCAGCCGGUGCUCAAGGCUCCCCUUAAGAUGGCCGCCGCACCUGUGGGCGCUCUCAUUCCCGGUGUCACCAAGGGCCCCUGCCCGACCAUGCCGGUCAUCAAGACUGAGCCGAUGGCCAUGUCCAAGCCAAGCUUUCUCUUCGCAAACGCUGCGGCCAUGCUCAAUCCAUCCAACGAUAACAAGGCAUUGAAGCGGCAGCAGAGGAUGAUAAAGAACAGGGAAUCUGCCUGCCUGUCGCGCAAGAAGAGGAAAGAGUAUCUCCAGAAAUUGGAGCUCGAGGUGCGAGACCUGACCAACGAGAACAGCAGGUUGAGCGAGGAAAACAUCCACCUCCGUCAGCGAGUUUCUCAACUCGAAGCAGAGAUUGCGGUCCACCGGAAGCAGACGACACCAAGCAUAAAGAAGACAACUGCUCUCUUGGCGGUGAUGUUCAUGCUCACGGUCAACGUUGCGCCGUUUAGUGGCCUGUUCCGUAGUUCCAGCAGUGACCUGGGUGCGGGCGUGGCACUUCCCGCCCAGAGAGCCACCUGGGGGCGCCACCUGCUCUGGUCUCAACAACAGGAGCUUGCAGACGACGCUUUUGUGGCAGACCUGGGAUCGGUCGGCGGGGACAUUGCCGGGUCUGCCCCUUCCUCGGCCGAGUUCCUGGGAGCUCUGGACGUCCAGAGACCGCCGAGGAACGGGUCCCUCAAGUGCCCCUCCUACGUGAACCAAACAGAGUCCCUCAGACUGGAGAGCGAGUUGCGCGGCUGGGUACACCAGCUCGAGAGCAUGAACCUGAGACGCAGGGAACAGCGUAAGAAGGCGGCGCCUCCACGGAAGCCGGCACCCCAGAAGCCCCAACGUCUGCAGACGUGGAUUGGAUCGCAGUAUCGCCACAUUUACGAAGACGGGUGGGAAGCCGGCGGCGGCCAGAACUAUUUGCAGCUCUACCAAGCCCUCCGUAGAAGUUACCAAGACCUAUAUGAAGCCAUUCAGCGCAAGGACGACAUGUUUUACUAUGUGUCUUUUUCGGGGGACUACCUCUUGCUGUCGGCAAAUGCGGAAAACCGGACAAGGAUGCCCCGGAUCUCACUAGUAAUGCCAGCGGUGACAUUCAAUGAAUCAAUGGCGCAGUCCAAAGAGCACGUCCCCAUGAUGCAGAUAGAAUGCGAAGUCAUCAACACCAAGAUAACAUACGUCAAGGAGUCAGCCAUUCCGCCGCACCUGAGGGCGGGGCAGCAGGCCCCGAGGAACCUUACACAAGCCGGGGUAGCCCCUCCCAUGCCAGUGCCUGGCGGAAGCAAUAGUACCAAACCCACUGAGCCGAACCAUUUCAUCAAGAUUCCGUCGCGGGAACUUCGUCACCAGCGGGGCCAACCGCGCCAUCUCCAACGGCCGUAGAAAUGGUGUCGUUGGCUUCCUUUUUGUUUGUUUUGGGCACGAGAAGGGGGGGGGGGGGUGCCACUUUUGCCUAACUUAUUAUUCUCAACACUCAUUUUUUGACGGUACGUGUUUCAACACUAAACACUUUUUUUUAUUUUUUUCACGUUGAAAUGGUGCUAUGAUAUUUUCUCUUCCGGGAAGUCGUUUUAACGCUUUUUUUUUUGUCAUUUUUUCUUUGGCCGUUAUUUUGUUUUGAUGUCAUCGUCGCGUUGGUGUUCACCAUUUGGAAUGUGUGUGCAGAAAUCCUUUGGGGAUGCGUUGCUUGUGAAGUGGUGACCGAAGGAACGAUUCGGCCGAAUUUCCGGAAACCUAUGGCAACCGAGCGAGGUGCGCCAUGACGAGACAAGAUGUCGAAUUGCAUCGGUGCAUUGUGUUCUUUCGAUUUGUUUUGUGAUCUCGGACGAAACGUUCAUCUUUUUUUUUUUUAAACUGGAAAAGUUUGCGCUGUAGGUUUACGGUUUCAUUUCGGCAUUAGACUUCUUUGCAAGAUUGGGGAGUCGACAUUUGACAGUUGCUGUGCAACUUGGGUAACAGAUGACACCAAUGUCUUGCCAUUCAAUUCGAUGUGCAACGUCCAGCAUCGGUGUUUUGUUAUUGGAAGCAUUAUUUCUGUCUUGUUUUCAAGUGACAGGUAGCUUCUGCAUUCUAGAGGCAUCUGUCGGUGGUGGCAGCAUCUUUUUUGACAGCACUGAAACGAAUUGAAUUCCUUCAGGCUGUACCUGUACAUAUGUAUAUAGCGAAACCACAUACUAAUAUCUACAUUUGUUAUCAGUAACUUCUUUUAUUUUGCUUGCAUUAGUGUUGACAUUGGAUGUCUCCACUUGCAUACCUGUGUGGGGUUUGUGGCAGCAAACUCAUUUGUUCAAGCUAGAAGUGUUGUUGACUAUGCAUUUGUGUGGAUGUAUUUGUGUGUGUGUUUGUGUGCGUCUGUAGUGUGGCAUAAGCAUUUAUCAUCCCUGGUCAGUCUAUUUUUUGUGUGCUCGUGCUACGAUUAGGUGCAUUGAUUCUUGGAAAUUUUAGGUAUGAUUUUUGUACCAUGCUCUUGAUAUGUAGGCUUUUGAAGCCAUAAAAUUUGAGGCAUGAGCACAUGAGCACUUCGCAUUCCAAGAGAUUAAAUCAAUUGUGUCACUAUGGCCGUAAACCUUGUUGGCAUAAAACAAUUUAGUAGUAAAAUAUCUAGGUAUGUAAUUAGAAGUAUGAUAUAUCUGGGUUUUGAGGUGGCACGCAGGUUUCGUGGAUACAUUCUUGCACAUUAUCUUGCUAGCCCUUAUUUAUGCAGAAUACUCCUGAAAUCUAAUUUCCUCACGCAAUACCCUUGUCUAGUCCUUCAAUGCCUUAAUUUUUUUUUUUUUUUUUUUUGUGUGUGCAAAUUUUUUUACACGGUAAAUAAAAAUAUUGGAAGUCAUAA